AUAAACAAAUCUUUUAGGCUAUAUAAACUUGAGAAUUGCAGAGUUUCUUCACCAUAUCACUAAUAUAGUUCCAGAUUAUAACUGACAAUGGCACGGCUUUCUAUCUUUGUCGUUCUUUUACUAGUAUUCAUCUCGCUUGCAAAUGCAGCUUCUGAAGAUCAAUCAGAAGAACCUGGAGUUUAUAUUGUUUACAUGGGAGGCAAAGGCUCGUCGACUCCUGGUACUUUAAGAGAUGAUCAAGCCCAAAUUAUGAACUCAUUCUUAAAAAGAGAUGCGGUGGUACAGGUAUACAAGCAUGGCUUCACAGGAUUUGCCGCUCAUAUGUCUAAAGACGAAGCAGAUUUAAUAGCUCAAGAACCAGGAGUUGUGUCUGUUUCUCGUGAUAAAAUGAUAAAACUAAGUACAACAAGGUCGUGGUCUUUUCUCAAACUUCAACAUUACCUGGAUAAUCCUAUCCCGGAAACAGAGUUCCACAGGUCCAAGGUGCAUGGAGCUGAAACUAUCAUAGGUUUGGUAGAUUCAGGAAUUUGGCCAGAAUCUAGGAGCUUUAAUGAUAAAGGUAUGGGCCCGAUCCCUAAACGGUGGAAAGGAACUUGUCAGGAAACAGAAGAUUUUCGCGCUUCUAGCUGCAACAGGAAAUUAAUUGGUGCAAGAUAUUUCAUGUCAAUCAAUAAAACAAGUAGAGACUUUGCGGGGCAUGGCAGCCACACUUCAUCAACAGCUGCAGGAGCACCAGUGCCUGGAGUUUCAUAUUACGGCUUAGCUGGUGGAACAGCCGUUGGUGGUUCUCCAAAAUCAAGAAUUGCAAUGUACAAAGCAUGUUAUUUAGGAGGCUGUGACGAAUCAGCAAUCCUAGCAGCGAUGGAUACAGCAAUUCAUGACGGAGUUGAUAUACUGUCCUUAUCCAUAGGCAAGCCAGCCUUUAUAACAACUGAUAUAUCAAAAGAUUUGCUAGCAGUUGGUGCAUUUCAUGCGGUUGAGCAUGGAAUUAUGGUUGUUUUUGCGGGUGGAAACUCGGGACCUCAGUUAUCAAGUGUCUCAAAUUAUGUACCAUGGAUGACUACCGUUGCUGCUUCAACUAUUGACAGACAUAUCUAUGCUAAUGUGGUGUUGGGUACUAAUCAAGUUAUCAAGGGUGGAGGCUUUCAGUUCUCUAGUUUAAGUGCCUCUCCGAUAUAUCCACUAAUAGACGGGGUCUCAGCCAAGAUUCGAUCUCAUAACAUCACCGACAGAUUAGCAAGAAACUGUCAACCAGGUUCAAUAGAUUCAAGCAAGGUCAAAGGACAUAUAAUUCUAUGUUUCAACGAGAUAGGCGACGACCCUUUUGAUAGGAUUGAGGAUAUGAUAAAUAAAGGUGCGCUUGGAGCGAUUAUGGUUGACGAUGAUUUCAAAAUUCAAAGUAUCGACCUUCUAUAUGAGAAUAAAACGUUUCCUCGAACGUUUAUCAGUUCCAAGGAUGGGAAUGCAGUUCUCUCUUAUAUAAAAUCAAAUAGGAAUCCAACUGCGACUAUUGGAAGGUCUGCAACAUCUAUAGGCUUCAAGCCAGCACCUGCUGUUGCUUAUUUCUCAUCCAGAGGCCCGUCGUUUUUUACGCAUAACCUUCUCAAGCCAGAUAUUACGGCACCAGGAGUGAAUAUUAUAGCGGCAUGGACUAGAGCAAGCACAGAAUUUGGAAUCCCAGGACAGGCUCCACCAGAUUACGUCGUAGUCUCUGGAACCUCAAUGGCAACCCCUCACAUUGCUGCAGUAGCUGCCCUGAUCAAGUCCCAACAUCCCACUUGGGAUCAUUCAGCCAUCAGAUCUGCUAUUAUGACUACAGCUGUCCAAACGUGUAGCGAUGGAUCUCCAAUCUUGAAAUUUCCAGGAUCACAAGUAGCUACACCAUAUGAUUUUGGGGCAGGGCAUGUGAACAUAGGACAAGUCAUGGAUCCAGGGCUAGUUUACGAGACGUCUAUGACUGAUUACUAUUUUUUCCUUUGCAAUUAUGGAUAUAAUCUGUCAACAAUCAAGCUUAUUGCAAAGACUAUUCCAGAGGGAUUUUCUUGUCCGAAGAAUGCAAAUACAGCAUUAAUCUCCAACAUGAAUUAUCCAUCAAUAGCCAUCGCGAAUUUUAAGAAAAACACAGAGAGGAAAGUAACAAGAACUGUUAAAAAUGUUGGUGAUGAAGACGAGGCAGUAUAUGAAGUAACAGUUGAUGCACCUGAACAUCUCAAUGUGCAAGUCAUACCAGAGACUUUACAUUUUACACAGGAGUAUCAGAAGCUGAGUUAUGAUGUGAAAUUUUCGACAAAAUAUUCAUUCGACAGUGAUAUAUUUGGUUGGAUCACUUGGAGCAAUGGCAAGUACAGAGUGCGUAGUCCUUUUGCUCUGAGCCUAACGGAAAGGUCCAUUAGAUGAUCUGGAACAUCCCUCCUAUCUGUAACUUGAUAAUAAACAAAACCAUUACAAAUGAUGUACCCAUCCUCUAUGUGUGGAUUUAUAUUUUGGAUGAUAAUUAUAAUUAUUACAUUAAUCAAUCUACUUCCAGUUACCCCUGGACAUGCAGGGAUUCGAUGAA